UGUGAGUGGAUGGUAUGGAUGGAAAAUGAGCCUGAAAUUUAAGAUGGGGGAUUAUCGUGGCAAGCUGUCAAGAUCUGGAUGUUUGGAGGUGUCUGUCAACGCAGGUAAAAGGAGCAAAAAUAACCCAGACAAAGAGCACCCACACUCCAACAUAAAAAGAGCCAGACGAGCUGAAGUGAACUUCCUUCCAAACUUUCCCAAGGGAGAAAGUCAGGCCAGUUUGGAAGAAAUGAGACUGCAGAUUAUGGACGAAGUUCAGAAGAGUCAGCCAAACCUACGCUUAAUAGAAAUGCUAAUGCAGAAGACCUUUGCCCUUCGUCGCCAGGAGAUAAUUCAGGAAAACCCACAGGUAAAGGACUUCUUGGGGAAAUGGCCGGCACUUCGGAUUGAAUCACAGCUUUGUGCUGAGUUCCAACGCAUCACAAACGUCAACCUACGGAACCAGUUCUAUGCUGUGCUUGACCAACAUACACCUGGACUGGUGGCCUUGUAUAGGCAGAAGGCGGCACGAACCAGAAAGAUAUCAGAGGCUCUGCGUGACAUCUUAAAGAUUUAUGAUCUCCAGGAAGUGCGCGAUGUCAAUAUGAAGCGUACUGUAGCCCUUCGUGCCCUCCCCGUAUACCUGCGUGAGGAGGACCCACAGUUCUUCAAGACUUGGAAUGUGGAGGAGUCAGAGGAGCCAGGCAUCACUGACACUCCUGUUGCUCUUGUCACAGAGGACACUGCAGAUCCAUUUCAUUUCAGUCCUGCAAGCAUUUCUAUUGUUGUGGAAGACGAUGUUGUGAUGAGUGAUAUCCCUAACUUGGCUGAUGCAUUUGCAUUGUUGUUUGGGUUGAUGUAUGCAUUGCAUUUGGACUAUCCCAAGAAACUCAUUCACACUUUUACAUUCAUCCAGAAAAUCCUAAUGGGUCUUGAUGAUGGUAAACCACUUAAACCCAGCCUACUGAGUCUAAAAAAUGACCUGUUAAUGAAAGAGUAGGCUAACUUAAGAGUUGUGUUUACAAGAAAAUACACAUGUAUUUUUUUGUCUGCAUGUUGAUGUGUUUUUGGGGUUCCCAGUAUGGUAACUUUAUAGUAUGUUGUUGAACACCAUGUUAGUCAAAGCAUUUGAAACAGUUUAGAUUUGGCGGAUUAUGUCUUGCCCACCAAAUCUAACGUAGUUGUUGUUGUUUAUGCUUAUCGGUUGUACACCAACUUGGUGCUUGAAUCCUAAAAUGAUGUGAGAUGUGCCUUUUUAUAUUUUGUUUUUAUAGGUUUUUACA